AUGUCGCGCCAUCGCAUUAAAGCUGUCAGCUACGACGAAGAUGACUUUGACGAUGACUAUGACUCCCCGGAUCCCGAGGAGGAAGAGUUUCUUGAGCAGUGUACUACGGAAGUGUUGAACCAGCUCCGUGCGGGGGACCCUCCUGUCACCGCGACUCGCGAUGAGGUGCAAGAGGCGCUAUGGCACUACUACAAUGAUGUUGAGAAGUCUGUGAACUACUUGAGAGGUAAAAAGACGAAAGAAGUCAAGAAGAAACAGGUUCCGGCUCCGGCUCCGGCUGCCAAGGCAAAAGCAAGCACAGUGCCUGUAUAUCCUGUUCCGUUAUCUCCUCCGGCCUCUUCAACUGCACAUUUCUCAGCAGCCGACUUCUUCCGCGAUGCACCGUGGCUUAACAUACCUGCACACCGUAAGGCGGACAUACUCGUUGAGCCUCUAUAUCCUCGAUUGGGUCUGCUUGGUGGAGCUCCUGAGAAUUCGGGGAAGGUGUCCAAGUUGGCUGCUUUGGCUGCUGCGCGCAAGAAGAAAGAGGGGGAGAAGUCUGCUGCUCCAACUCCUACACCUCCGUCGGAAGUUGAAAGUUCCCGGCCAUCUUCCACUGAGCGAAAGAGCCCUGCCCUUUCUCUCCGUGAGAGACUCGCUAGCAAUGGCAAGCCGCAGAAAUCGUCAGAGGGUCUGCAAUCGCUUCGGUCACUCAAUAAGGGAUCGCGGCUGGGAAGCCCUUCGCCCCAGAAAAUGCCGUCCCCAGAGCCAAGAAAACAAAGCAGUCCGGAGGUCACUGGGCAGGCAGAUUUGGAACCACCCGUGUCAGUCGACAAGAAGCAGGAAGAAGAACCCGGUCUCAACAUCCGUGCACCACCAUCCACAUUUGCCAGCACGAUCGUUGGAGAAGCGACACGCCCAAAGAUGGCCGAGCCCAGCCACCUAUCUGCCAGCACAUUAGAUCUCAUCAAGAUAUACGGUCAAGAAUUUGCUGAACCCUUUGAUUUUGCAGGCCCAAGCCCCGACGAUGUUGUCUUGAAUGCUCAGAGCUCUGCAAAAGGCUUCAAAUCGAAACAACCUGCUUCUAAGUCAGCAGGUGACAAGAAAUCCCAGGCUGGUUUGGCUGAAGGCAUGAACAGCCUGAGUGUAGAGGAGAAGGUGAAUGUGAAGAGCAAGAACCUAGAUGUGCUGUCUGAGUAUCAGAAAACGCAACGGAAGAAAGCUAUGAACUUCGCCGUUAUCGGUCAUGUUGACGCAGGAAAGAGUACGUUAAUGGGACGCCUGCUGGCCGACCUCAAAGCCGUCGAUCAGCGCACGCUGGAGAAAUAUCGCAAAGAAGCUGAAAAGAUCGGGAAAGGAUCAUUUGCCCUUGCCUGGGUGUUGGAUCAAGGCUCCGAGGAGAGGGCUCGUGGUGUUACUAUUGAUAUUGCAACAAACAAGUUUGAGACGGAGAGUACGGUGUUUACGAUCGUGGAUGCUCCGGGUCAUCGGGACUUUGUACCCAAUAUGAUUGCGGGCGCCAGUCAGGCCGAUUUUGCUGUCCUUGUCAUCGAUUCUAGCAUAGGCAAUUUCGAGUCUGGUCUGAAAGGUCAAACAAAGGAGCAUGCUCUCCUCGUGCGGAGUAUGGGUGUGCAGAGGGUCAUCAUUGCUGUGAACAAGAUGGACUCUGUCCAAUGGGACCAAGGUCGCUUUGAGGAGAUUGAACAGCAGGUUUCCUCAUUCCUAACCACUGCUGGAUUCCAAGCCAAGAAUAUCGCAUUCGUGCCUUGCUCGGGUAUCAGCGGCGAUAACGUUACCAGGCGCAGUGAGGACCCGAAUGUCUCAUGGUACAAGGGUCGUACUUUGAUCGAGGAGCUUGAGGCCACGGAACCUUACGUCCAUGCCAUUGAGAAGCCGUUGAGAAUGACCAUUGGCGAUGUCUUCCGGGGCAGCGUUCAGAAUCCUCUUUCCAUAUCCGGUCGCAUCGACGCUGGUAGUCUCCAGGUUGGCGACCAGAUCCUCACGAUGCCUAGUGGCGAAAAGGCCACGAUACGCAGCUUGGAAGUGGAUGGGGAGCCCAGCGACUGGGCGGUGGCGGGUCAGAACGUCACGCUCAACCUGGUCAACAUUGAUCCCAUCCAUCUCCGAUCUGGCGAUGUCAUUUGCCGUGCCUCGGCACCCAUUGCCAAUGUUACGUCCUUUACAUGCAAGGUGCUGGCCUUUGACCAUCUGUUGCCCAGCAUGGUGGACAUCCACCGGGGUCGGCUGCACGUACCCGGCCGGAUCAGCCAGCUGGUCGCAACGUUGGACAAGGUGACUGGCGCAAGCAUCAAGAAAAGGCCUAAGAUUGUUGCUCCCGGUACUGUGGCACGGAUAGUGGUAGAGAUGGACCAGGCGGUACCUCUGGAGGCGCCCACACGCAUUGUACUACGAGCUGGAGGUGAAACGGUGGCCGCCGGAUUGCUAGAGUAG